AUGUCUGUACGAGGUCAAUAUAUUGUUGAUUCAUGUGGUCGUGUAAGGAUAUUCCAUGGUAUAAAUGCAGUUCAAAAGGGAUUUCCAUGGUAUCCCGUAUUUCCAAAUCCUCCAUUACUUGAUCCUAGUUAUAUGAAAAAUUUAUCUGAUUGGGGUUUUAAUGUUAUUCGUCUUGGUAUAAUGUGGGCUGGUACAGAACCCCAAGAGGGAGUGUAUAAUGAAACAUAUUUAUCAAUUAUGAAAACAAUUGUUGAAAGUGCUCAAAAUAACGGUAUAUAUGUAAUACUUGAUAUGCAUCAAGAUGUAUUAUCAAGUCAAUUAGCAGAGUAUGAUGGUAUACCACUUUGGCUAUAUAAUAAGUUUCCUGCCUGUGUACCAGACACUUGCUCAAUUUUGCAUUUGCCAACUGUAUCAACUUGUUAUAAUUAUUCAUGUCCGUUUUCAGCAGGUACAGUUAGUGGAACUAAUUGGGCUCUUGGUUAUUUGACAUCAGAAUGUAGUUAUAAGUUUCAACAAUUAUAUCACAACAAUAAUGGUGCAGUGGUAUCAUGGAGUAUGUUUUGGAAUAAAAUAGCUCGAACAUUUGGUUCUUAUUCCAAUGUACUGGGAUAUGAAUUGAUUAAUGAACCAUGGGCAGGGGAUGUUUAUAAAAAUCCUGCUUUAUUGCUACCGGGUGUUACUGGUAGAUUAAAUUUAUUACCUGUUUAUGACAAAUUAAAUGAAGCGAUAAGAGCAGAUGAUACAGAAUCAUUAUUAUUUUACCAACCAGUAACAUGGGGAGUUGUCCUAAAUGAGGUAGUUGCGGGAACAGGCUUUACUAGAGUGCCUGGUGGCGAUCAGUAUCGAAAUUUAAGUGUAUUAGCAUAUCACUGGUAUUGUUUUACAAUAUCGAUAGAUCCUGCGAAUCCAACAUUUGCAAAAACAACGUGUGGUGUGUUAGGUGAUUCGGUGUUUCAGUCAAUUAGAAGUGAUGUUAAGAGAACAGGUGGUUCAUCUUUUUUAACUGAAUUUGGUUUUGAUCCAACAUCACCGGUCGAUAAUCAAGAUAAUAUGUUUGUUCUUGAAAAAAGUGAUCAAUAUUUUCAAUCAUGGACUGUAUGGGGUAUUGAUUUUCUCGAUGGGACUGGUAAUGUUGAAGAUGAUAUAGUACUAAAAUUUAGUAGGCCUUAUGCUCGAGCUAUUGCUGGUAAACCAAUAUCUAUGUUCUAUGAUCAAGAUAAUACAAAAUGUUUCACAUUAACGUACAUAUUAAAGGCAUCAAUACAGUGUCAUACAGAAAUAUAUUUGCCACCCAUGGUAUAUGACUCAAAUAAAGUGGUUACAUUAUCAUCUCAAUUACAGUGGAUGCCAAAUUCAGGUGAUGCCAAUGUAAUUGAUGUAUAUAAUAUAAGUACACUCCCAAUUGGUGAAUUUGCAACGAUUAAAGUAUGCCCAUUGUCAGCGAAUCAGUCCGUAACCGCUAAUCAUGGCGAUAGUCAUGUUUCAUUCCUUUUUUCUGUUCAUCUCAUUUAUUUAUUCAUCACUUAUUCACUCUUGUACAUAUUCUGACUGCAUGUACAAGUAUAUUAGUCAGCCGUUCUCUUUUUGUUUUUAUUUAUAGGUCUGUUUUAAAAGCUUUUUAAGUUUACUUUUCUUAGCUGUUGAGAAAUUUUAUUUUUUCAAACUUAGCGGCGAAGAAAAAACGUAUUUCGCAAUUUUUUUCCACCAAAACUCAAUUAAAAAUGUCAUAUGCAGAAUCAGCAUCAAAAACUGCAUCGCCUGAUAUACUUUUCGAAAAUUUUCGUUGGCUUCCAAUAUCUAGAGAAAAUCUCAACAAUUUUUCGACGAGAAAUUUGAAUAAAAAUAAUUUUUCUCAAAAAAUUCUGAAACGCACACAUCAUUCGAUGCAGUUUUAGCCAUUUAUAAUUCUGUUCGAUGGAAUUGUUACUUUCUCAUCUGAACGAAUUAUUAUUGAUAAGGAAAGACGGAAUAUAUCGUUUUUGUUCUUAUUUCCUCGCGAAACUUGUUGCUGAAACUCCAUUUAUACAUCUUCUUUCUACAUUACUUUUAAUAAUUAGCUCUUGGACGGUCAAAAGGAGCCCCGAUUUUUCAUUUUUCUUGUAUUUAUUGUUAUUUCAGAAUAUAAUAAAAAUUUUACAAAUACUCAACAAGGAGUUGGUCCAAAAUCAGAAGGCAAAUUCAUCACACAAAAAUUACUAAAUGAUGUAGGUGGUGAGGAUAAACCAGGAUAAAUUAUGGCUUUAAUAGAAAUUCGGUUUUCUGUUGUAACAAUCGAUCCGCGGAGUCGCGGGCAUAAAAAAAGGAGAAAAUCCGUCCUCUGAGAAAAACAACGUUAGUUUUUUCUCGUUCCAUUUGGCAGCUUUGAAACAAACUUUUUCGGGUUUAGCAUCAGAAACUGCAUAUGACAAACUAUUUCUAAAGUUGAGUACAUCUCUUUUAGUGUUUCUGAAAAAUUCGUUCCUAGAAGGACUCAAAAACGGCACCCUUCGCUCAAAGAAGCAUCAAGUCUUUUUUUGUUUAAGAGGUAAUGUCUUGAAUUUUAUGCC